AGUGGUCCAGUAGCUAUUUGAAAGGCGUUAGUAUCACACGAUAGCGCAUCUAAGCAAAGAUCAUGGCAGACCAAACCACUCCGAAGUGGGUGAACAAAGAGCUUUUCCAUGGGUUGUUGGAACAGUAUAAUAACAAUUUCAAGGCGGUACUUAAAUUUGUUCCCACAUCGGCGAUUAGUAAGGGGGAGAAUUAUUUGACGAUCGUGCUACGUAUACAAAUUGAAAUGCAGCUGAAAGAUAAUAGCACAGAAGAUGUCAGCUACAUAUUGAAGAUUCCUCUGGUUCCGGAAGAUCAGGAUAACGAUUUCAAAGACAUGUUCGAUGCCGAACUAGACAUGUACAACCAUUUGAUACCAGAACUGGAGGACCUGUAUGCCACGAACACUUCCCUAUCACCGAGAUUCAAGCCACUGCAUUUCAAGUUUCCAGGCAAUCCGAUUAAGAGUGACUAUAUACUGCUAGAGGAUCUGCGAAAAAGGGGAUACAAAAAUGCCGACAGAAUUCAGGGCUUGGAGCAGUUCGAAGUGGAGGCUGUGCUGAAGAAGUUGGCCCAGUGGCAUGCAGCCUCUGCAAAAAGAGUGGUUGAACUGGGUGAACAUGAUAAAGAUAUUCGGGAGAGUUACUUCACCACCGAGCACCAGAAAUUGCUGGAUGACUUCAACAUUAAUUUUUGUAUGCCCUUCUUGGAAUGCAUGCAGAAAUAUAAUCUGGAUCCAGGACAACUUGUUCUCAUAAGCGACUACACAUCGCGUUUGACGGAUUUGAAUAUAGAGUUUGGCAAAAAUGAUCCUAUGGAGUUAAGUGUGCUAAACCAUGGUGAUUUCUGGUGCAACAACUUUAUGUUCAAGUACAAAGAUGGUACAGCGGUGGAAGAUGUUUGUUUUGUCGAUUUUCAGCUGCCCAAAUUUGGCACACCCGCCCAGGACCUUUUUUGUCUGCUGAUGACCUCCCCCAAAUUCUCGAUCAAGCUGAAUAAGUUCGAUCAUUUUAUAGAGUAUUAUCACCAGCAGCUCGUCGAGCAUCUCGGUCUGCUCAACUACAAUAGGAAUGCGCCCACACUGGCUCAGCUGCACACCCAUCUGCACAGAUAUAGUCUCUGGGCUUUUAUUUGCGCUCAGCGUAUGCUGCCCAUAGUGCUGCUCCCACCCGAUGUCGAUUCGAAUAUAGGCAAUGUAAUGGGAAACUCGGAGGAGGCGAUGGCGUUCAAGCGUAAGAUGUUUCUCCUGCCGGCUUACGUGGAUCAGAUCAAAGUCAUACUGCCUUGGCUCAUUAACCGGGGUUACAUUAGAUAAAUUUGAUGAAACUUAAAACCGGUCCCAUCAGAGCUCAAAAGUAUUAACAUAUGUAAAUAAAUGUUAUCAAAAGUAAA